AAGGAAAUUCCAUUACCUCAUGCAAUAAAUGGCAUCCUAAUUCCUUCCUACUGAACCUAUCUCCCAACCACCUAACUUACCAAUUCGCCAUGGCCUCUCUCGAAGUGCAAGCCACCCCUAAUCCCACCACCUUAGAGCCUGAAAGACAUGUCAUCAACGGUGCAAGUGCGGACGACGUCGACGAGCUCUCCCCUAUAGAAGAAGUCAGGCUAACCGUUAGCAACACUGAUGAUCCGACCCUCCCAGUAUGGACAUUCCGAAUGUGGUUUUUGGGGCUGUUAUCAUGUGCUUUCCUCUCUUUUCUCAACCAAUUCUUUGCCUACAGGAAAGAGCCACCUAUCAUAUCCCAAAUUACAGUCCAAGUAGCCAUACUUCCUUCAGGCCAGUUUAUGGCUGCCGUGCUUCCCAGGACAAAGUUCAAGCUUCCUGGUCUAGGAUCCAGAAAGUUUUCAUUGAACUCGGGGCCUUUCAACAUGAAAGAGCAUGUACUUAUUUCCAUCUUCGCAAAUGCAGGCAGUGCAUUUGGGGGUGGCUCUGCUUAUGCAGUUGGUAUUGUUACUAUCAUUAAAGUCUUUUAUGGUCGAAGUAUAUCAUUCCUGGCUGGUUGGCUGCUGAUCAUCACAACUCAGGUGCUAGGAUAUGGCUGGGCUGGGCUGCUGAGGAAAUAUGUGGUGGAGCCGGGUCAUAUGUGGUGGCCUAGCACCUUGGUGCAAGUCUCACUUUUUAGGGCUUUGCAUGAGAAAGAUGAUCGGAGAAUGACAAGGGCAAAGUUCUUCUUCAUUGUACUGAUUUGCAGCUUCUCCUGGUUCGUCGUCCCAGGAUACCUCUUCUCAACCCUUACCAGCAUCUCAUGGGUCUGCUGGAUUUUCUCCAAGUCAGUUGCCGCCCAGCAAAUCGGUUCAGGUCUGAGAGGACUUGGACUAGGAGCCUUGACGCUUGAUUGGUCUGCUGUGGCAUCCUUCUUGUUCAGUCCACUCAUCAGCCCUUUCUUUGCCAUUGUCAAUGUUUUUGUAGGCUAUGUAUUGACAAUUUACAUAGCAAUUCCUAUAGCUUAUUGGAGCUUAGACUUUUGCAAUGCUAGCAGAUUUCCCAUCUUCUCCUCACAGUUGUUUACAGCACAAGGUAAAAAGUACAACAUAAAAGCAAUAGUUAAUGACAAGUUUGAACUCGAUUUAGCUAAGUAUGAAGAGCAGGGACGAAUUAAUCUAAGCAUGCUCUUCGCUCUCAGUUACGGGUUUGGUUUUGCCGCCAUUGCAUCGACGCUGACACAUGUGGCCCUCUUCUAUGGAAGGGAGAUAUAUGGCCGGUAUCGUGCUUCUUACAAGGGAAAGGAGGAUAUUCAUACAAGGUUGAUGAAAAAUUACAAGGGCAUACCUUCCUGGUGGUUUUACAUUUUGCUUGCUGCAACAUUUGUAGUAUCACUUGUGCUCUGCAUCUUCUUGAAUGACCAAGUUCAGAUGCCAUGGUGGGGACUCCUGUUUGCUAGUGCCAUGGCCUUUGUCUUCACCCUUCCUGUUAGUAUCGUAACUGCCACAACCAACCAGACACCAGGCUUGAACGUUAUCACAGAGUAUGUCAUGGGUCUCAUAUAUCCAGGAAGACCUAUUGCAAUUGUAUGCUUCAAAACCUAUGGCUAUAUAAGCAUGGCUCAAGCAGUCUCCUUUCUCAAUGAUUUCAAGCUAGGACACUAUAUGAAAAUACCUCCAAGAUCCAUGUUCUUAGUUCAGUUCAUAGGAACAGUUCUGGCUGGAACAAUCAACAUUGCAGUGGCAUGGUGGCUGCUUAACUCUAUUGAGAACAUAUGCCAGGAUGAUCUCCUCCCUGCUGACAGCCCCUGGACAUGCCCCGAUGACCAAUUCUUCUUUGAUGCAUCAGUUAUAUGGGGUUUGAUGGGCCCCAAACGGACCUUUGGAUCUCUAGGCAACUAUGGAGCGAUGAAUUGGUUCUUCGUAGGAGGUGCAUUAGGACCCGUCAUUGUUUGGCUCUUACACAAGACAUUCCCCAAGCAAUCUUGGAUUCCCUUAAUUAACCUUCCUGUCCUUCUAGGAGCAACAGGGAUGAUGCCACCAGCAACACCAUUAAACUACAAUGCCUGGAUUAUAGUUGGAACAAUUUUCAACUUUUUCAUCUUUCGUUACCGAAAGCAGUGGUGGCAAAGGUACAAUUACAUCCUAUCAGCAGCUCUAGACGCUGGGGUAGCUUACAUGGCUAUACUAUUGUACUUUUCAGUUGGAACAGGAAAUAGCUUGACAUGGUGGGGCACAGAAGGUGAGCAUUGUGAAUUAGCAACUUGUCCAACAGCAAAGGGAAUAGCGGUUGAAGGUUGUCCAGUGAACUAAUGAAUGUACUCUUCUGUUAAAUCUUUCAAAAGUUGCACACCAUAGAAUUAUCAAGGACUGGAAAAGUAUGGUGAAACAAAACU